UCCACAUCCUGUACAUACCGAACCCAGGAAGCGGUGACAGACCUGCUCGGUGUGGGUCGGCUGCUGUAAAACAAGAAUAUUUUCACUCAAAACACAUUUUUAUUAUGUCUGCUAGAAACCCAGGCACCACGCUCGACCUGGAGUGGGUCUCCAAAGUGAGAGUGAACACACAAGCUGUGCUAAGGAGAGCUCAGCACAUCCAAGGACAGAAGACCCCUAAGAAACAGUGGCAGGCUGCCUGGUUGCUGAAGGCUGUCACGUGUAUCGACCUGACUACUCUGGCAGGAGAUGAUACACCAUGCAACGUUCAUCGGCUGUGCAUGAAAGCCAUACAGCCUGUCCGGCAUGACUUGCUAAAGAAGAUGGAUAUGCACGAUAAAGGAUUGACAACCGCUGCAGUGUGCGUGUAUCUGUCACGUGUUGCGGACGCUGUCAAAUCACUAAAAGCUGCAAACUCCAAUCUGCCAGUGGCGUCAGUGGCCACUGGUUUCCCAGCUGGUCAGACGCCACUGGAGACCCGCCUGCAGGAAGUCCGCAUGGCUGUUGCAGAUGGCGCAACCGAAAUCGACAUUGUCAUCAACAGGACUCUCGCCCUUACAGGACAGUGGGAAGCCAUGUAUGAUGAGAUCCGUCAGUUUCGAGAGGCCUCUGGCGACGCCCACAUGAAGACCAUCCUGGCGAUCGGAGAACUGGGCACCUUCACCAACGUCUACAAGGCCAGUCUGGUUUCCAUGAUGGCCGGCUCCGACUUCAUCAAGACAUCCACAGGAAAGGAAUCUGUUAAUGCCACCUACCCCGUCGCCAUAGUGAUGGUGAGGGCCAUACGCGACUACUUCCUGUGUACGGGCCACAAGGUGGGCUUCAAACCUGCGGGGGGCAUCCGCACAGCCAAGGAGUCUUUGGUGUGGCUUAUGCUAAUCAAAGAGGAGCUGGGCAAUGAUUGGCUCUCUCCUCACCUGUUUCGCUUGGGAGCCAGCAGUCUACUGGCUGAUAUUGAGAGACAGAUUUAUCAUCAUGUGACCGGACAGUAUGCGGCCUACUACGAGCUUCCAAUGGCUUGAGGCUCUGGAGAUGUUCCAAAAGACCCAUAAGCACCUGAAGCUCACCAUACAAGCCUCUAUCUCAUUCAAGUAGCACACUUCUAUGAAAACUAGUUCUAUGAAAACCUUGAAUCAGUGUCAAGGACAGGAAGAAACAGUACUUUCUUUACUGUAAAGCUCCUCUGAUGGAGCUCUUAGAAAGUAAAAUGACCUAACAUGAAGCAGCACUAGGACCUCAUUUCAAAACAAUGAUUCCCAUAUAACUGUUAACUGCAGAGUCAAUUUCUUUAAAUAACAUUCCUAAUUUUCAAGCAUAAAGAGAAGUUACGACAGUAUAUUGAAGCUAAAAUAAAAUACAAUUGAAGUAAAAGUGUCACUGUCAUGCUGCUAUUCUUUGUUUGCAGCCCAUUUGAUGUUAGCAUCUACUAGGUAAAUUAAUAUUGAAAAUAUUUAAAACAGAAAAAUAUAAAUGUGCACAAAUGUAGGAAUACCAUCUCAACAAAUGUAGUAAACGUGUAAGCCACGGUUACUUUCAGUUUUGAUUUAUGUUGACGACUGUUUAUGUCGACACUUAUUUUCCCCAUUGUAACGCUGCUUGAGCACUUCAAUCACAUCUGUUUCAAACUUUCCUGCACGAUUCUCCGGGCGCUCGUCAGUCUCCGACAUGCCCCUGCAGUGUGCGCUGAAUCCGUGAAUGAGGCUUCUUGUUCUUAAUUUCAUUAGCAGGACGCUGAGCCAACUGAGAGGAUUCAUGAGGGGUUAAGUGAGUUUAAAAGAUCUGAUUGAACAGCUCACAAAAUUGAGGAAUCAUUUGAAGACAAAAACUUUCUUCUCCCUUUUCUUUUUUAAUUAAGAUAUCACAAGGCUUGACCUUGACUGAAAGUGAGUAUAAAUGAGUGAAUUAAUUAUGGAGGGGAGGGGUGAUGGGAGCUUUUUGCGAGAGAAAUGCAGGAUUUGAUGGAAAAACACAAGGGAACAGUUUGAAUGCUGCAGAAGGAGGGAAAGGGCUGGGAAUGAGGCCAUGCUGCAUUCAGGGAUGGUGGUUAGUUUGGCUUGAUCACAAGGCAACGCGUAUUACAUUUCUCUGUUGAUAUUGUUUACAGCUACAGUACUUGCAAAUUUCAGUAUUUCCUAAUAGAAGUAGUGGCAGUAACCGAGGGUAACCUGGGUAAGCCACAAAGCACUACACCUCGAAUUGAUGCAUGAUUUAUUUUUAACUAAAUACACAUAUUACCGGUAUACAGUAUAUUAUAUUAUUUUAAGUACAUGCUCAUACAAUAUUUUUUAAAAUAUGAAAAAUCUUUUUCAUUCUAAAAAAUGCAUUUGGUAUGUACAUUGUUUUCAAGAUCAUAGUUUGUUGUGGGUAAAGUAAGGGAACAAAAUGCAAAACAAAACAGCUUAGUUUUGUAAAAAAUACUACAAAUAAAAACUAAUAUUGAUACUAUGUAUACAAAAAUGUGACUUUUUUUUUUAAGUGCUUAGAUUUUUUAUAAAGAUUUCCUUAUGUAAAAAAUGAAAAACCUGAAAGGUAAUUCUCAAAUGAAAACAAAAAAACCCUACCUAUAUCAUGUAGGAAAAUGUAAAGGAUGUGGAGGGCUACUUUGAUACUUUUUUUGUAUUGCGGAUACUAACACCAAAAAAACAGUCCAAUGUCGGUCGAUAUGUGCUAAGCUAUAUAAAAACAUCUUUGUUUUAUGUUAUAGUGUAAUAUCUAAUAAUAUACAUAUAUCAUGACUAAUUCAUUUCAUUUCUAGAAUAGGCUAGUUUCGCUGGCUAGCAUGCUGUGCCUAAAGCCGUGGCCGUCCCUGCAGUGAUCCCAUAGCCUGUGCAUUAGCAUUGUGGUUUAAACAAAGAAUAAUAGGAGUGUAAAUGAUACUAUAGGGGUGUUAUUUCAUGUCUACAGGGCUCUAAUAAUGGUUAAAAAACAUAUUUAAAAAGUCAUAAACUGGUUUUCUAUGCUCUAACAAAGUAGACUAAGUCCCCAAUUUACGAACACAAUUGGUUCCAGACGACCGUUCGCAAGUCGAAUUGUUCUUAAGUAGGGGAAAAGGUAAUGUUACCAAUGAUAUAGGUACUACAUGUACAUGUAUACAUAUACAGUAUAUGUGUAUGUAUGUAAAUAUGAGUUUGGAUGCAGUAGUAAUAUUAAAUGAGGAUAAUUUAAUGAAAAAAACAAUAAUAAAAAUGAUAUAAUAAUACGUAAUGAUAAAUGUUAUUUACCUUUGAAGAGGAGUGGUCAAGCAUACGUCGUUGGUGGUAGUGGUGGAGGAGGAGUUAUUGAAAAAAAGGACAAAUCGUCGUCGUCGUCAGACUCUUCUAAAAGAGGUAGUGUUCUGUGGGUGGUGUAGAAUUAAACAGGCCUAUUAACUCUUCAUAAACUUUAAUCACACGCUCUGUCCGGGUUGUAUCAUACAGCUCUUAGCGUUCCACUCUCCUCUUCCUCGUCUUUCUUUCCUGUUGGUCCCAUUAGCGGUGUCACAGAGCCCUCUACUGGUCAAGCAUGUAGCAGUAUAAAUACUGUUGGAGCGACUACAAGGCAAAAUAAAAUAAAAUAUAGACCAGUCGGCUUGUGUUCGUAUCCGCGAAUGUUCACAAGUCGAAUUCAUAUCUGAUACCUAUGAACAUGUGUCAUGAUGGAAAUAAAUGAUGCAAACUUUUAAAUAGUUUUUCCUUCUAGUUUUUUCCCCCUCCUGCAAAUAUAUAUAUAUAUAUAUAUAUAUAUAUAUAAACCUCCAAACCUUUGUGUGAGGUGUGGACUCUUGCAGCCAUGAUUGAGUGAGCCUCCAUGGCCCGGCUCUUGAUGGAUUAGUCCCACUUACAUAAAGGCAUGUAGAUCAUCUCAAAUCUGAACCAUUGGUCAGCACACUGCCACUUGAUAAGAAGGAGGCGUGGUGGCUGGAACUUGCUUGAUUGAUUUCCUGGGCCAUCUACUCAGAUCCCUAUCACACGCACGCACACACACACACACACACACACACACAACACAGUGAUGCACAUACAAUAGCAGUCACAUUGUUUCAGUUCAUUUGGUUCAAUUCAAUAGAUUUGUUGACCGUCUCAUGGUAUUUCUCAAGCACGGGUGUCCAAAGUGCAGCCUGGGGGCCAGUUUUUGUAAACAUCACAACAACGAUUAACAACACAUAAUGUUGAGGGCCACACAGAAAAGAAAGUAUGUUUGUAUGUUUCUAAAAUGUUUGAAGCUCUUAAUAUUUUUCUUCAAAUUAUUGUUGUUAUCCAUGAAUUUGCAAAUUAACAAUUUAAAAAAAUACCCCCCAAAUAAAAAUUAUUAUUAUUAUUAUUAUGUGCAUAUUUAAAUAUGUACCAAAACUUUAUAAAAAGUCAUGCACUACAAAAAAAGGGCUGACCAAAUGUAAGAUAAAAAGGAAUAGAUUUAAGGAAAAGAAAUACUUAAAACCCGUGAAAUUAUCUGUCUAUGCAAAAAGUAAAUUUUACUUGAUAAGAAAUUUAUAUCUAGAAAUAAGCAGGACCAAAAUCCUAGAUUUAAGAUUUUUAUAUGUAGAAAUAAUUGUUUUUGUAAUAAAAUACUUAUUAUUAAACUUAAUACAACCAAUGAAAUAUUCCAAAAAUAAUACUGUUUUAAAGUGAAAAUUAGUGUAAAGUGAAUAAGCUUCAUCCUGAAACUAGCUGAUAGAUCAUUAAAUAAACCUAAAUGAAUCUUAAAUGUCGGCCAAAACGUCUCUGAACAUUCCAGAAUGCCUUUAAUUUGCCAAACCCUAUCAACUUCUCGUUAGUGAUGAUCGUUGACUGCGGCUGGUCGUGUCUCCUGGCCAGCAGAAAAUAAUUAGCUAGCCAACACUUACUGGAUGGACCAAUACUCACAGUGAAGAUCGAAGGGAAAAAAAAAGAAUGGUGGCUUCUUUCGCUUCUGACCAUCUCUAUAGAUCAGGAGUGUCCAAAGUGUGGCCCGGGGGCCAUUCAUAUUUUAAUUACUAAACUAUAGAAUGAAUUAUUAAUAAGACAAAUGACACUAAUGCUACGUUCCUAUUUCGACCCGGAUCAGAUUUUUUUGGAAAAGUUUGAUGAGCGCUGUGUGUUAUUUUCCAUUGUGCUGGUGGUGUUUGCAUUGCGCCCGCCCCCACCCAUUCAGGGGGUUCAGCGUGGUUUGGAUGAACACCCGGCAGCGCGGCAGCGAUCAAGUCCCCGACACCUGACAAAUUGUCUUGCUCAGAUUGAUUGUCUUCCCGUUGUUUAAUUCAUCAGUGUGUUUCUUUGGCCCUCAGCGGCGGUGAAAAACGACACCUUCCGAGGCGCCAGCACCCCACACGUAGUUUAUGAUGAAGAAAAAAUGGCCAAAGCGGGGGAGACGGUGUCAAAAUAGGCCCCACUAUCCAUUACGAACCGCACUUUGGAUUUGUCAUGCUGUUUGCUGCUGCUGAAGAAUGAAUGCAUAUGUUUUUUUAAAAAAAAAAUCUUUCUUUGACUGCUAUUUGACUUCACAGUAAUCACCUCUCAAGUUGAGUAGCCUCGUAUUAUUUACGUGUACAUACGUCAGAAAUGUGUAGUGUAAAAUGCCGCAUGACAAAACUGCAAUUUUAAGUUAUUUAAUCAUGAUUGAUCAGAGAGAGACAAAACAGGAUAGCUCAGAAGUGUCCAAACGUUUCCGAAGAGAGCCAUGUUCACUUACCUUAUUUAAUUUUUUAAAUGUUUUUUUAAAAACGGUUAAUGUUUUACUCCUAUUAUGUACAGUAUUAAUGCUGAAUUAUAUUUGUAUUAUAUUUGAAAUGUCCAUCCAUCCAUUUUCUAUACCGCUUCUUCCUCAUUAGGGUCGCGGGGGCAUGCUGGAGCCUAUCCCAGCUGACUUCGGGCGACAGGCGGGGUACACCCUGGACUGGUCGCCAGCCAAUCGCAGGGCACAUAUAGACAAACAACCAUUCACACCUAUGGACAAUUUAGAGUCGCCAAUUAACCUCACCUGCAUGUUUUUGGAAUGUGGGAGGAAGCCGGAGUACCCGGAGAAAACCGGGAGAACAUGCAAACUCCACACAGAAAUGCCCAGGGCAGAAUUCAACCCAGGUCUUCCCGAUCUCCAAGCUGUUACUGUGUUGGCCAACGUGCUAACCACUAGACCACCGUGCGGCCCUAUUUGAAAUGUUUCCUAGAAAAAUACUAGAAAUGUUUAUUAAUGUGCAUUGUCCUUGUGAUUCAAAACCCAUCCGUCCAUCCAUCCAUCUUCUUCCGCUUAUCCGAGAUCGGGUCGCGGGGCAGCAGCCUAAAGGGGGAAGCCCAUACUUCCCUCUCCCCAGCUACUUCGUCCAGCUCCUCCCGGCGGAUCCCAAGGCGUUCCUGACCAGAUGCUCGAGCCACCUCAUCUGGCUCCUCUCAGUGCGGAGGAGCAGUGAUACUACUCUGAGCUUCUGCCAGAUGACAGUGCUUCUCACUACGGAGAAAACUCAUUUCGGCCGCUUGUACCCUUGAUCUUGUCAUUUCGGUCACUACUCAAGCUUGUGAUCAUGGGUGAGUGUAGGAACGUAGAGCCACCGGAAAAUUGAGAGCUUUGCCUUUCGAUGCAGACGUUGCACCAAUAUGCCUGUCGAACUCACGCUCCAUCCUUCCCUCACUCGUGAACAAGACCCCGAGGUACUUAAACUCCUCCACUUGGGGCAGGAUCUCAUUCCUGACCCGGAGAUGGCACACCAACCUUUUCCGAGCGAGAACCAUGGACCCGGACUUGGAGGUGCUGAUUCUCAUCCCGGCCUCUUCACACUCGGCUGCGAACCGAUCCAGUGAGAGUUGAAGGUCACGGCUCGAUGAAGCCAGCAGGACCACAUCAUCUGCAAAAAGCAGAGACCCAAUCCUGCAGCCACCAAACCGGAACCCCUCGACGCCCUGGCUACGCCUAGAAAUUCUGUCCAUAAAAGUAAUGAACAGAAUUGCUGAGUAAGGGCAGCCGUGGCGAGGUCCAACCCUCACUUGAAACGGGUCUGGCUUAUUGCCGCCAAUGCGAACCAAACUCUGACACCGGUCAUACAGGGAACGAACAGCCUGAAUAAGGUGGUCCGGUACCCCAUGUUCCCGGAGAACUCCCCACAGUUCCUGGAGGAACACGGUCCAAUGCCUACUCAAGUCCACAAAACACAUGUAGACUGGUUGGGCUAACUCCCAUGCAGCCUCAAGCACCCUACCGAGAGUGUAGAGCUGGUCCACAGUUCCACGACCAGGACGAAAACCACACUGCUCCUCCUGAAUCUGAGAUUCAACUAUCUGGUGGAUAGAACCCCUGAAUAGACUUUACCAGGAAGCCUGAGAAGUGUGCUCCCACGAUAGUUGGACUUUAAACCACUGAAUAAAUUAAAAAAAACUUCCCAGUGUAGGUCAAGAUGUACCAAACUAUUAAAUACAGUGCGAUAUCUUCAAAUACUCAAUAUUUCCACUUUUUACCUCUUUUGAAUGUAGUCCUAAUCCUCCCUCAUAAUGUUUCAUGUUUAAUUGUAUGUACAGAAUAUUCCCUGGAGGGCCAAUAAAAAUCGAGCAGCGGGCCGCGAAUGCCCCUCAGGUCCCACUUUGGACACCCCUGGUGUAUCAGUAACAGUCCUGUGAUGAUGAUAGUAAUGAUGGAGGACUGCUUUUAACACCCACGUGUCAAUGGAGGACCGAGACACUGCAGAUUUUCUCUCCAACCCCUUUCUCCAGCAUGUGAUUUCAUUGAUCUCCUUCCCUCAAAAUGAAGGAGGUGUUGAUCAUUAAAAUCACCUGCUUUAGUGAGCGGCUGGAAGGAAAGCCUGCAGUGUCUCAGCCCUCUAUGGGACGAGUUUGACACCCCUGGCUUACCACUUGGUUGGCAUAAGACAAGGAGUGGAAAACACCCCAACACUUGGCCGGGCCGUCUGCUUCCUAAUGCAAAGAUUCAAUAUGUUAAACCAGUUUGUUUUUGUUUAUAUCAAGGGAAAAUUUUCUGCUGGCUUCCGAAUAGAUAAGAGACAAGACAGGUUCUUUGAGGAUAACGAAAGGUGAUUUAGUAAAAACUUGCAUGCAAGGAGACAAAUCAAUUCAACAUGAACAGACGGUCUCAAGAAAGAAAUGCCUAACUCCUACAGGGGUGUUUGCACCCUUAUUUCUUUGCUUGUUUGUCACACUUCAAUGUUUCAGAUCAUCAAACACAUUUAAAUAUUAGUCAAUGACAACACAACUGAACACAAAAUGCAGUUUUUUAAGUGAAACCUUUUAGCAUUAAGGGAGAAAAAAAAUCCAAACCUACAUGGCCCUGUGGGAAUAAGCGAUUGACCCCUAAACCUAAUAACUGGUUGGGCCACGCUUAGCAGCAACAACUGCAGUCAUGCAUUUGUGAUAGCUUGCAGUGAGUCUGUGGAGGAAUUUUGACCCACUCAUCUUUGCAGAAUUGUUGUAAUUCAGCCACAUUGGUGGGUUUUCCAGCAGGGUUUUUUAACAGUAGGAUUCAGGUCAGGAUUUUGACUAGGCCACUCCAAAGUCUUCAUUUUGUUUUUCUUCAGCCAUUCAGAGGUGGACUUGCUGGUGUGUUUUGGAUCAUUGUCCUGCUGCAGAACCCAAGUUGGUCACGAACGAACAGAUGGCCGGACAUUCGCUUUCAGGAUUUUUUGGUAGACAGCAGAAUUCAUGGUUCCAUUCAUCACAGCAGUUUAUCUUCCAGUUCCUGAAGCAGCAAAACAGCUCCAGAACAUCACACUACCACCAUCAUAUUUUAUUGUAGGUAUAUAUUGUUGUUGGUAUUGUUAUGCCAGGCAGGAGGCCUAGAGGAAGACCAAAGAGGAGGUUUAUGGAUGUAGUGAAAGAGGACAUGAAUGUAGUUAGUGUGAGAGAAGAGGAUGCAGAAGAAGGGGUUAGAUGGAGGCAAUUGAUUCGCUGUGGCGACCCCUGAAGGGAAAAGCCGAAAGGAAAAGAAGAUAAUCUUCUUUUUCUGAAAGGCGGUAUUACUUUCACGCCAGAUGUAAUGGGACGCCAUCCAAAAAGUUCAACUUUUGUCUCGUUAGACCACAGAAUGUUUUCCCAAAGGACCUUCUUACAUGACAUCCAACAUGUCUGGUUGCUUCUCCACAGAUUAUUGGAAAACAAAUUAAUCAUGAUCUGCAGUGUUGGUAUGCUUUUAAUUACUUACCUUGUUCAGCCUUUCCCAUUUGUAUUUGCGGUUGCUUUUGCGUUUGCUUUUGCGGAGCAACAAGGCACAGGUGGAAGCUAUUUGCAAAUAGAUGCCAUUCAAAAGCCCAUCGGCUCUACUAGUUUUUUUCCAGUUUUCUGUUCUUUCACCAGGUAGUUUCUUGCUUUUCAAUUAGCUGGUAUCUUCCUGGUGUACCUUGCGCUCCUCUAGUUUUAGUUAGUCACCUGGUUGUUUUGUUUCUUGCUUUAUUCUUUGUAUUUCCUUUCGCCCUUAUUUUGUCCUUGUAGUCUCUUCACUAUGUUUUUGUCAUGGCGCUUUUGUUUAUUCGUCAUCUUCAUUUAAUGGAGACGACACUUUCUGUUGCACUUGGUUUGCCUCAUGCAAAGUAAUUGUAAAAACAUCAUUGCACGUCGACUCAGGCCACUGCUUUGGGAGCCAACCGGCUCACUGAACAUAACUCUCAUGCUUUUAAGCAAAUUGCAAAUACUUUCAUGUAGUCUGCAGUUAUCUCCAUUAUUGUCUGCAUGUGUCAGGUUCAAAUCAAAUCAAAAUGUAUCCUACUUCUAUUGAACAGCCAGGCUUGCAGUCUUUCACAUACGGUAAUGUCUUAUUCUGUACUUUUGAAAAUGAUAAAUGCCCGAUAGAAAUGUGCAACCUUGAAUAUUGAAAGCUUGCCUAAAACUUUAGACUUUAGACUCCAGACAUAUUCAGUGAUUUGAGUAAUGAUGACGCUGUUUGGACAAAUCUUUCCAAGAAAUGCACUGCCUGCAGUAUAAAUCAUCGCUUACCUUAAGCAAGUGCUAUUAUUUUGCAAGAAAGCAUUAAUAAUUGCAUAGCUGGCCCAAGUUGCAAAUGCGUUUUUGCAGCUUCUGUUAUUUUUUGUUUGUGGUGCAUUAGUUCUCUGUGUGAAUAGCGUUUGCUCAUUUCAAGAACGCCGUCACGUAUUUUUACCUGAACACAUUUAUGGCAUUUGUACCCCGCUGGCGUCCCAAAAGUCUGUGCAAUUUCAACAAGCCGUGCAUGUGUAACGCCAACGAAAGGGGCCUUCACCGGCGUUUUAUGACUUCCGUCUAAAACUCCCAUUGCAACUCCCCUCAGUGUGAGUAAGAGAAGAACAUUUUAAAAAGGCAAAAGGAGGGAAAUGAAGGGAAAAUCAAUGAGGGCGGAUUUUCGUUUGAGCGGGCCAGUGUGAAAAACACAGCCGAGCGUUUCACAUGCCGCGGAGCCUGACGCUGACCUCCAUAUGGUGUUGCAGAUCAAUGGACAGGACGGAGGCCACCGGGGUAUUGAUUGAUUAAUCAAAGCUAAUAUUCUUUUGAUCAGCAGGGCCGCCCUAUUAACUGCUGUAGGCAAGUAAAGCAGCGUGUUUUAUUUACUCAUUCGGUGUCCCGUGAUGAUGCCUGCUGCAGCCUUCAAACUAACAUAACGAUCUCGCCAUAGCUGGGACUGACAGAUUAAAACGAGCUGUGAUAGUUUCUGAUAUUAAUGAGGGUUCUGUUCCAUGUAGGUUUGUUUAGCGGCAGGUUUCUAUAACUUGUAAUUUGCCGUGCAUUUGGUUUUGUUUGUGUUCUUAAGAUAACACCGUGGAACCCGUUUAUGGUCUUGCCCCUUGGACUGGCUGACUGACUGAUAAACGAAAUUGAAAAUAGUCAUUGCUUGCACAUUUACUUGUGACUUUGGUUGAAGACAUACAAAGAAUGAGUGAUGAUAAAGGAUUUUCUGCAUCACAAAAAUAUUAAAUAUCAGGGGUGGCCGAUAUUGGCACAAAGCGCUGCGAGUGCUGAGUAAGGCAUCUUUCUUUAUAGGUCUCAAUCGCGCACCGCUUUCAUUAUCGGCAGAAAAACGGAGCGAAGGUGGGCAAAUCAGGUGCUCCGUUCCUGUGGCGUGCUGCACGCUUCCCCUGAGCUCACUUGUAAACGAUCAUGGCGUCGAUCGUGUGGGACUUUGUUACCUUAUAAGUCACCUGAAACGCCAGCAUCGCCACGACGCCACAAAGCUACCAACCCUGGACGACCAGCUCAUCAUCAGCUGUUCCACUGCGGAUGAAGACGCGGGACUCUCACGUCGCAGCCGUCUUCAUCCGAGCAUUUAAAGACUGUGGAACACAUACACGACAAUGGACAGGCGACAGUGUGCAGUGAUGCAACGGGAGAGAAAGACAGGGCGAUUGUGCGGUCUGUUUUUUUCGAGGAGGCCUUUUUGUGAUGCAAAUGUACUGUAUUACUCUUUCGAACGCAUUUGUCGCAAACUCUUUACUUAAGUGGCCCCACCAGCUAACCGAAAUCACCGAAAUCCGACCAGAACUGGGCUCACGGGACAAAGUGGGGGGUAAGUCACCGUCGAUACACCACACUGCUGAUGGGGAUGUCGUACAACUUUGUGUCAAAACAAAAAUCGAUCCCUUUAAGCUGAAUGUGGGAUCAAAAAUGACACUUUGAAUGGGACAUUUUUUAAUGUUUAAUUCUAAAAUAUUUCGAAAUGGUUAUCCUCUGGCGGUUUUUGUUCAAUACAGCCUAAAUGCCUUGAAAAUAAGAAAUGGAAUGGAAAGUCCCCAGACUGUCUUUAGGAUUAAAGGGGAAGUACCGUAUGCGGGUUUGCCAACUACAUCAAAUGUAUUGGCAAGAAGCAUUUUUACAACAGAGACAAAACUCUACCAGGCAAAUAAAUUUCAAGGUGAGAGGUGAGAUAGCUAGACAAGCUCCUACUUUACAAGCGCAACUUGUUUCAUUUUUAAUGAUCUCCUCAAGUACAGAGAUUUCACAUCUUCCUCUUCUUCUUCUUAAGGACCUCCACCUCCUCCCACCCCGGUUUAAAACUUGACGGCGCUCUUGAAAUCACUUCUUAUAAUUUCGAAGGUGAGCGCUGCGCUCCGUCAUUCUCUCCUUUUGAAAUGCCCCUCGUUCCCUCGCCGCCCUUGAGUUUCUUCAAUGUCAGCUCUCACUUCAAAAGCGCUCCGAAUGAGCUCUGAGGACUCCAUUGAGAUUUCCCAUUGCAAACAAUUAUUCUGUCCGUGCUUCUUUGACAGAGAUUCCUCUAGAUUUAUAUUACCAGGCCGUGAGUCAAAUUCCUGUGUCUCAGUGGUGCUUCACAGAGGUUCUGCGAUUGACCCGACCCUUGAGCUGAAUGUAGAUUAUUCUCUAUAGAGACGUCUACAAACUCAUUUAGUCAGGGGGUGAGAUUUGAAGAAUAGAUUUACUGGAAGCCCUUGAGGUCAUACCAUUCGGAAUCUGACUCGAAAAUACACAGCGGAACCCGUUUAAGUCCCCCCUGUUUAUGUGUCGUGGUCCACCAUGUUCUUCUCAGAUGGUUUGUGCUUGCGGUGUAGGUCGAACUCGGAGUGGAUUGUGUUUUUCUUUGUGUUCACACUGAGAACAACACUAGCCCAAGUUCCCAACUACCAAGAACUUGUAAACUUUCUGGUCCAGCCCUCCUCGCCUGUUCCUGUUCUUCCUCUGGAGGUCCUCCAACCCCUCUGGCCUAGGCACCUGGCUUCUUUCAUGGUCUGUGGCUAUAUCAUUCAAAAUAGAUAAGAAACCCUUGCAUUGUCAAGCCUCCUGAACCCCUGCAGUGGAUCUCUGCAAAGAAACAAGCUGCCGACCACAACCGGAGCUUAAAAAGAAGCUUCGCUUGCAACACAGCACACCUCCCUGCGGUACCGCCCACGCUGAGGAGACACACAGAAGCUACAGCCGUGUCCUGGAGGGAAAAUGAUUGAGUAAACAUGGCUGAAUAAAUACAGGCUCCAACUUUUUCUUAUUCACGCUGGCGGACUCAGGUGAAGUUUUGAAGCAGGUAUUGGACAGAUUUUAGUGCCGUUUGGUUUCUGAUUCAGGGAAGCAAAAUUCAUAGUCGUUCAACUGCCUAAUUGUCUAAUUGGCUGAGUUUCAUUCUCAAAAUCCCAUUGCUAUUUUCGACCCCACAUUUAUGUUAACAUAACCCAUAAAAAGAGUUUGGCAGACCUUGAACACACCGUAGUCGUAUGCUGUGUCUUUACACGCAAAGACGAAAAAUAAUUGGAAAUAAUUCCAGACCACGGACACACCGAGCUUGCUGCGUUGCACAGCAAGGUGCGGUGUGAUGAGGUCCCACUCGCACGCCGAUAUCAUUAUCAACCGAUAUAUCCCGACAUGAUCCCAUAUCUCAUUUUUACGCCAAUAUCGACACCCCUACUAAUAAUGUACCUCAUGAAUAAUUCAUUCAUUUUAUUUUUACAAUAUACCAAUGAGAAAUGAGCAGCGGGCCAAAAAUGGCGUCCGCGCCGCACUUUGGACACCCCUGACUUGUAGAUGUUAUUUAUUCGGCUGUUGUUUUUGAAUAAAAGGGCCAUCGUACGCCCGGGGUUUAAGAGGUCAAAGCUCCAAACACACAAUUGCAAUGAGUCGCGUGAGCAUGUGUCAUAUAUUUAAAUCGUGCACAGCUUCAUCUCAGGGCUGAACCGAAUCGAUGCUGAUCAACUUUUCUAACGAAUGAGAGUUGCAGACAGGUGAGGCCGGCGCGGUUUGAUCUUUCAAACAUGUAUUCCAUCUCUUCUCCUGCCACCAGGGAGCAUCCAACCAAGGUCAGCGCUCAAAGGCAAGAGGUGCACCAUGGGAAAUGAGCGCGUGCCAGCCUUCCACUUUUGAGGGAUCAGCGCAUCAUCAGAAGGAUCGGACUGACACUAGUGAAGUCCCAUGGUAUCACCUAUCACAACCUGUUUCUGGCACACAGGAAACCAAAGGCCUGGUCUAAUUGUAUCAUUAAUAUCAUUGUGGUCUGAUGGCUAAUUACUGUCUCUCUCUCUUUGAAUUCUACCUGCCCUAACCUUCAAUCAGCUUUCAUACGAAUGUGGAAGUCCGAAUGAACUUGAAUGAUACUUAUUCAUCCUAUAAAGUCGUCUGGAAAAGUCUCCAAAAAAACGCCCCAUUUACAUAUAAAGUGACACGCAUAUCAACCAAGCUACAGCGACAUUGUCAUUAUUAUUAUUAUUAUUGUUAGCAUUGUUACGCCGAUCGAACUACAUUACUGCCACAGUGACACUUAGUCAUAACACACCGGCUAGCUAGCUAUUAGCCGGCUAGCGACUAGCUCCACCACAGGCUCGCCCGUAGCGCAUCAGCGUCGCGCUCACAACACCUCAGACACGACCAAAAGGUAAGGCUGUAUGCUGCAUUUUUAUUUCUGAGUUUGGAAAAGUUAAGGCGAGGUGUAGGCGUUCGUUUCUACGACGUUGCUGUGUGCAAUCAAUACGCCGAGCAAAGAAGUUCCGGUAUUGCUGAGAAUGGCCGAAAUACACAAAAUACUGUAAGUCUUACAUGUUAUCCUGAAUGUACCUGGUACUACAUUUUCACAGCAUUUAUAUAAAACCAUAAAACCUUGUUGGAGGCUUUUGGAGGACUGAGCUGUCGCUUUUGAUCUGUUUUAGUAUCUUUAAAACGCACAAGAAAAGAGAAAGGCAUAUGUGUUGAUGUCUGACAUGAGGAUUGUGGGCAAAAUUCCGAAAAAGUGCACUUUUCCUUUAAGUCGAUGUCGACAUACAUGGUCGACCGCUCUCUUUGACGUGAAACGUGAGACCCCAAGUGGUCAUUUGUAUGACAAACGGGUCAGUUUAUGUCGACGUGUUGUCGUAUUGCUCAUUAUUAUCACUAAGCGACGUGAAACGGCAAUAGUAACAUAACUACUGUCUAGUUCAGGGGUGUCCAAAGUGCAGCUCGCGGGCCAUUUACAGCCCACUGCUGUUUUUUUGUUGGCCUUCGGCACAUUCUAAAAAUACGAUUAAACUAAAACAAACAAAAAAUGGAAUAAACCAGCAGUCAUUUCACAAGAAUAAAGACAAAAUAUUAAGUACAGUCAUGAUAUUAAAAGUAAAAAUAGAAGGUUGAAAUUUUAAAAGUUUUAAUAUGAGAAAUAUCCAAAACAAAAAAUAAAGUUGCCAUUUUUUGGAAAAAAGUUAUCAUAUUCUGAUAAUAGAAUCCAAAUAUUCUGAGAAUAAAGGAGUAAUAUUACAAGAAAAAAAGCAGAAAUAUUUGUAAUUUUUUUUUAAUAAAAAAGGGCAACAAAAGGAGAAAGAGGUAAUUUUUUUGUCACCAAUAACAAACUGAAUUUAUUGUUCAUAGACUCCACCUUGAGGAGAAGCAGUAGCAUAACAAAUAAAACAAAGAAGACGCUGUCAUCUGUGGGAAUGGAGCAGGGCCAACUAAGGCAAGAAAACGGUCCGAUCUCAAGGCACACGUUCCCAUUUUUAGCGAGCAUGUUUCUACAUUUUUCCUCAUUUAUACCACAUUUUAGAUGAAUAUAAGCUUAGCAAAAUAUGUUUAAUUUAAAAAGUGGACGCAAAGAAAAUUAAAUGCUGUAAUUCCAGACAGAUAUUUAAAAAAUAUUUAACUUAAUACGAUCAUCAAAAUAUUACGUAUAUUACUGUAUAAUUAUUUUAGGGCGGUGGUAUUUUUUACUGUCAUUUAUGCAGUGGUACCUCGGCAUACGAGUGUUCCAACUAACAAGUUUUUUUUGAUGCGUGCUGUGUCUCGGCUGACUUUUUGCUUUGAACUGCGAGCUAAAAUUUGGGUUACGAGCUGCUAGUCAUUGGCAGGCAAAGUUGAGGACAGCUGUUUGGGGGCUUGUGUCACUGUGACUGUUACGUCCCGUAGUGGGUGCGGCUGCUUGUGUGUGUGUGUGUGUUUUUUUACUUCUCCUCUUGAUGACACACCUGGAAGGUGCAUCCCAGGUGGAGGUGAUUAGCAAUCAGGUGGAGCUGCCAUAAAGGAGGCAGACAGCAAGCAGAGGGAGCUCAGCCGUUGGCCAAUGAACUGCUCUGCUGGGGGUAAUUUAUUAUGGGCAGAAGUUAAAAUAGCUGUUGUUUGUUAUUUUAAACUCAUAUUGGUUAUGAGGGCCGCACGGUUAGCAUGUUGGCCACACAGUCACAGUCUGGAGAUCGGGAAGACCUUGGUUCGAUUCUCCCUUGGGCAUUUCUGUGUGGAGUUUGCAUGUUAGGUUAAUUGGCGACUCUACAUUGUCCAGAGGCAUGAAUGUGAAUAUGAAUGGUUGUUUGUCUAUAUGUGCCCUGCGAUUGGCUGGCGACUCGUCCAGGGCGUACCCCGCCUGUCGCCCGAAGUCAGCUAGGCUCCAGCAUGCCCCCGCGACCCUAAUGAGGAGAAGCGGUAUAGAAAAUGGAUGGAUGGAUAAUUAUUUGAUGAGGAAUUCAUGUUUGUUGCGUGUUAGUUCAAAGCACAACAUGAGAAAACCUCAUCAUUUGUGGAAAAGGAAAGAGGAAGUUUAUGCACACGGCCCUGAGAUCCACACCUUAUAAAGGCGGCGGUCAAGAAAUGUCGCUAUUCGUGACAUACUUGACGUAUGCAACGAAAAACUGUCUUAUUUUUUGAUAAACUGUCCAAAGAAAAGCGUCAAACGGAGCACUGAGGACAUAUCAGCCCUGCAUCUAGUAAACCUAAACCCUCGAAUUAUUUAAUUGACAACCUGAUGUUUGUCAUAAUAUGAAUCGAACACAUAACAUCAUCAUGAUCAUAAAACAACAUGAAGUAUUCAAGCGCUGCAUUGUGUUUUUCAUAUAUCUUUUAGUCGUAUUGGUGCUGAUGAGAAAUGACAAAUGGCAUCCAUCAGUGCCAUCAAAUAACAACACUUCCCACAAAUGUUUUAAGUCAGUAACCGUGUGAUGUUUUCACGCAACGGUGGAUAAACCUUCCAUUGCAUGUUCAUUUGUAACAUAUGAUUGAUAUGAUUUACAUACACCACAUGGUGGUGCUGUUGUUAACGUCGGAUUAACUUGGAAUUUGUACAAAUUCAUCACCAUGGAAUUUGGGAACUGGCAAGCACGUGUCUGUAAAAUUUGAGCAAGAAACAUGGCUGCCAUCAACUAAAACAUCUGCAAGGGCACGGGGCAGGACUUGCCAACCAAUUGCCAUUCACAAGUCAGGGACCAUUUGCGUGGUAAUUCUAAAACUUUGAAGGUAACUUCCAAAGCGGGAAGAUAGAACAUAUUAAUGGAGACGUUGCUCACUCUCCUGAAUUAGAUAUUGGUUAAAACUCUAUGAUCACCAAGACGGCUCGUCCCAUUGAAGUGCUCCGAGGUUCCAUUUCAAAGAUGCGUCGUCGCUUCACUCCCCCCUCGGUGGCAUUGUUGUUUUUUUUCAACCCCCUCCCCCCAAUUCCGUUCCUCAGCUAAAAAUGCAAAUUAGCGUAAUUUCAAAUGACAACAAAAGUAAACUUUUUCGGAGUUGUGAGCGCCAAGGUUCCCUGUGGGGGGACAGGGAGCUGAGAAGAACCCUGCUCUAAUUCUGUCAUUGUCAAACUUUGACACGAGCGCUUGUGUUCCGUUGCCUUUGUUGAGCGAUACAACGGGUAACAGGGUCCCAGUUCCUCUGCGUUAAUUUUUUAAAAGAAAGCACAAGACGUGUAUUCCUUGAAGAAAUGUUUGCCACUGCUUAUGCUAAAUAUUAUAACAUCCAGCCAGUGAUGUCUUUUGUUAUUUUUUUUUAGCUUUUAUCUCCUCUUAUCCACGGGAGGCCUUUACCUUUGCCACCGAGCCUCAUAACAUCAUCUCAGAAAUAAUUUAAGUAGUCCUUUUUUAAAAAUACAAAAAACACACUAAGACACGUUGGAAAAAUUCCAAUUCGAGAUCAAAGUGUGCUGCUUCUCUGCUGCGAGGGUGUCUGCUUUCUCUUUGGCGCCACGCUAUGAUCAAGUGUGCCUUUUUGUUAAAAGGCCUGUCCUGGAUUGCUGAGAUUUGCCUGGAACGCUCAUGUCUGCGUAUUUGCCAGCAAGUGUGUGCACAGCAAACGAGGUGCCGAGUGGAAUGACUGAUGUGCUCUAAUGACAGAUACAGUGGAACUGGCUUAAGUCAGCCCGCUUAUGUUGACAACCUGCCUACGUCGACUUCCGUUUGCGAAAAAGUGCCCGCUUAAGUUGACGUCGCCAAUUUGCGCUUUGAAUUUCACGGCUUCACGUUCACGUUUACAAAAAAAAAUAAAUUAUUCAUAAAUCAUGCUGUUUCGUGGUCAAAGACAGCCCAUUAUUAGUCCAAAAUAUGCAUAUUUAAGCACAUUUAGCACAUUUUUGUUGCUUAAAUGAAGUAUUUUCCAGCAUAAAAAAUGAUAAAUGACCUAAAAUUCAACUAAGGCAUUCAGAAGAUGCAUUCAAAGACAGCCUGAAUCAUAUGUAGUAUUCUACACUGGUCAGCAGGUGUCAGUAAUGUUUGGUGAGACCCACAAACGCCAGACUUGAUCGCUGGACCAACAGCCUUUUAUUGCAGGUUGGAAUUAGCUCACAACAGGCACAAUAAUGUUUAACACGAGCUACUGUUGUGGCCGUCACCCACGGCAAACUAAAACUCAACUCUGAACCCCCAACGUCACUUCCUGUCUAACACUGGAACACAUUUACAGCAACACACAAGUAUGAGUCUUAUUUAUGUCUUAAAUGGCUUAUUUUCUGUUACUGUGUCGACUACAGUGGUGUCAAAAAGUGUUUGUCCUCUUCCUUAUCUCUUAUUUUUUGCAUGUUUGUCACACUUAAAUGUUUCAGAUCAUCAAACAAAUGUAAAUAUUAGUCAGUGACAACACAACUGAACGGGAAAAAAAUACAGAUUUUAAAUAAAACCUACAUGGCCCUGUGUGAAAAAGUGAUUGUCCCCUAAAGCUAAUAACUGGUUGGGCCACCCUUAGCAGCAACAACUGCAAUCAAGCGUUUGUGAUAACUUGCAGUGAGUCUCUUACAGCGCUGUGGAGGAAUUUUGGCCCACUCAUCUUUGCAGAAUUGUUGUAAUUCAGCCACACUAGAGGGUUUUCCAGCAUGAAGCUCCUUUUUAAGGUCAUGUCAAAGCAUCUCAAUAGGAUUCAGGUCAGGACUUUGACUAGGCCACUCCAAAGUCUUCAUUUUGUUUUUCUUCAGCCAUUCAAAGGUGGACUUGCUGGUGUGUUUUGGAUCAUUGUCCUGCUGCAGAACCCAAGUUGGUUUCAGCUCGAGGUCACAAACAGAUGGAUUUUUGGUAGACAGCAGAAUUCAUGGUUCCAUUUAUCACAGCAAGGCUUCCAGGUCCUGAAGCAGCAAAACAGCACGAGACCAUCACACUACCACCACCUUAUUUUACUCUUGGUAUGAUGUUCUUUUUCUGUAAUUGUUUCUGUUACUUUUACACACACACCUUCCAAAAAGUUCAACUUUUCUCUGGUCACAUUAAUCAUAUUAAUUGUAUUUAUUGCAAACUCUGACUUGUUACCUGAGGCCAGGUGAGAAAUACACUCUGCUCACACUGCAGGGAUUAUGGAGUUAGCCCAUGAUAGACAUAAAAGUUUCUCAGAUUUACUCGUUUCUUCUUCCCUGCAUAAAUCUAGGGAUAAAUCUGGGCUGGAAACUUCACAGUAGAGAAGUUUUUUUUUUUAAUUUCAUCACCACCCCUGACUGACAAGUAUCAUUACGGAUAAAAUUAUCUUGGUAAUUAUCCUGCCCGGAAAGAUUUAUAUCCCUUUGUGAGGCCUGAAAGGAUAGGCAUGGGAUAUUGAGCGGCGGUUCUAUGCAACUCUGCAGAGGGGGGAGAAAGUGCUUUGUUAAAAUAGCACCAUAAUGAGGCGGUGUUCCCCCUCCCGCUGUGCAAGAUCCUAGCCUGGCUGGAUCACCCAGAGUGCAUUGCUUUUAGUUUGCCAAGCUCAGAUGAGGAAAUGAUCGUGGCAACACCCCAAACUCUCAGUGUGACAUUCCUUCCACAAUUCUCUAACUGCUCAGUUUUUCCCAAGUUUCUUUGAGUUAGCGCCUUUAGCAGUUUUUUCUUGGAGAUGAGAAGUUCUGUAACCAUCAUAACUGCCAAUAACACUUGACGUACUGUAAUUGCGCAGCAUUCUUCAACUCUGUAACUCUACGAUACGGUGACAACCCCACUAUGUCGACCAUCUCAUCAAGUCCUGGUCCACGUGUUUUUCUUGUCACACUAGACUACAAGUCCCUUUUACCGGUAUUGAUGAUUGGGCUAUCAUCAGAGUGAGUGUCAUGCUCACGCUCCUAAUAACAAUAAAUACACCAAAAAAUACAAGGACAAGGACACAAACUAAAGCUACAGAAGCUGUAGUAGCUGUAGUCACAUUUUUUAAGUAUAUGGAUACAAUAAAACCUUAGCUGUUUAAUAAAUGUCAGAAUGGUCUCCAAGAAGACCAUUUCAGCACAUGACAUAGUGCCCGGACGCAUCCCGGUGUGAAGAAAUGUGAUUUGAUGACAUUCAUUCAGUCCUGGCUGGAGGCGGAGCUACUAGACGCACCUGAUACUGAUUGCACACCUAUCUACUUAGGAUGACUGCUGGCAGCUGGCAGACGCCAGAUUAUUCCUCUUGGCGCCACGCUGCACUUGUGCUGUGUCUCCACAACCUGUUUCUAGUUUGCUUCAUUUUAGCAUGUGCGUUCAGUAGCCACCGCCUUCAGCCGUACAUAUCCUUUUUGUUUUUUUUAUACAUUCCAUGGUGCAUCCUUCUCUGCACCAUCGCCUUUGGUUGCUUGUGGACAAAAAUAAAUAGGUAACUCACCUCACCUGCCUCUCGCCUCUACGUCCAGAACAACUCCACAACAUGGCAGUUAACGUUGUUGUUAUUAUUGCUAAGAAACGUAAAACGACAUCAGCAACAUACUAUAUUUCUGAAAAUAAAGACAAAGUGUCAACCUUGCUGCGCUAGUAUCGAUUUGAUACUGAUGCUGUAUUGAUACUACUGAUAUUUGGACCGAUCUGCCCAGCCCUAGUAUCACCCUAUUUUCCCAGCAUUCAGCCCAGACUUUGACUGCAUUUGUGGAAGGAUAAUGCAUCUGUGUUCAAUAUGAUCCAUACCGUCCGGUGGUCGAGUAGUUAAUUGGCAACAUUGUCUUAACUUGAGUGUAAUCCAUUCAUGUCCAGACCUUGUGGUUUUUACAACUGUUCUGACAGCCUUUAACAGCCAGUGACGAGGCUUUUAUAUGCUGCCAGAUGUGCUAACUAGUUUGAUCAGCCACCUCAACAAUGGCUUACUAAAAAGGUGGACAUAAUGAGGGUUCUGGGCCACAUUCAGUAGCGAGUCUAAAAGACAAAGCCUAAAGGCCCAGCACCUAAUGAGCAGCUGUGUGACUCUCAUUAAGAGUGGAGUGCAACUGCUGAUCCUUAAUGAGCUUCUUCAUUAAGAUACAUUUGGAGGGGAAAGUUGUGUAGGUUUACUACCGCGAGCACUGGGGCAGCCUACCACCAACAGGGAAAACCAUUAUGAAUACACUCACUCACCGCAUGUGUGUUAUAUCACACGUCGUCUGGAACGACACUACUGCCAAUUAUGAAUGACAGAAAUAUUUGAAAAUGCUGCAUUUGAAAGUUUAUUACAAUCUAAAAAUGGCAUAUUAUGAUGAGUUUCUUGAGUAGCUGUUGCAAACACACACAAAGUGUCACCCGAUGUCCAUUAGGGGUGGGCGAUACUGCAGCUUGUGGUAUUCGGUAAUGUACUCAUUUAAUUUCUACUACAUUGCACUCUUCUGCACUCUGAGUGUAUGCUAGCAGCCCCGCCUCCACCCACUGAGACAAAGAAACUGUAUGACUGACAAAAGAGCCCACUCCAUUCAUGCCGUUGUUCAGUGGAACAAACGAGGCAAGGUGCUGAAAGCAACGGAGAGAGUCAACCCUCUUCCUGCCUGUUUGGAGGCAGACAAGGAAAACAGACACGCGUAUGCACAUGGCGAUAUAUUGAGGCCGGCAAAAUGAUCAACUUCAUUUUCAUUUAUUCUGUGAUUAAUUCAUUCAUUAUUGUCCCAGCUCUAGUGAGCAAAAGACAGCUUUUUUUCUUUCUGUAUGAGAAAUCUUGUCUCGUUUUAAUCUUGCGGGAUCUUGCCCUAUUUGGUAUUGAUUCGAUACCAAGUAAAUAUAGGGUCAAAUAUAGGCCAAUAUCAAUACUUUUUAAAUUUCUAGAUCGUUGAAUGAUUUUUUUUGCCUUUUGCUAGUUGCCUUUAACCCAUUGACUGCCAGCCAUGUUCAGAGCAGAGAGCUCCAUCCUGAGUUUUUGGGCAUUUUUGCUGAACUUUCAAAACCCACAGAAUAUUGAGUUUUAGGCCUACAUAAACAUUGAAACUAUCUAAAAAAAGUUUACACUCUCUUCUUUCAUCAAGAAAAAAAAAGUCACCUGACUCUGAACGCCACAUGGCUCGGCAACGCUAACCACUAGCUUGUUGCUUCGGCUGCCAUUGUCAACUGCAUUUGUGUCUACGUCACCUACAUCACCCGUGUCACCUAUCUUUCGCGAUCGUGUCACUAUUAAAGGCAGAUCCACCCCCAGACAGGCUCUGUGACAGUGUUAGCUGUUUUGUCUCCGCUCGAUUGCUGCGUGUGCUUCGCCAUUUUCCUCUCUCAACCCACAAUCCGUCUUCUUCAUAGACAAUCAAAAAAGCAAAAGACGUCAAUAGACGUCUUUAGCAGUGAAAAAGUUAAUUUGUUGAUUGUGAUUAUAAUCGCAAUAAAACACAAGACAAACACUUUAGGCAAACGAAAUAGAACAUUAACACAUUUGUGAGUAAUUUAACAAUACAGUGGUACCUUGGUUAGCAUGCGCCCUUGGUUAGCGUGUUUUUUGAUUUACGUCUGAAAUGUAUGCAAACAUUUUGCCUCUGUUCACAUACAUUUCCCGGUUAGAUGCAGAGGCAGAUGGAAUAACAAAACGUCAAUUUAUUCCAUUCCAAAAAGUCGAACAGAAGACGAUUGUGGCAAAAGUGCACACCAUGAGGGAGAGCCACUCGAAUAGGGACAGAGGAACUGGAGGCUGGAAACCACCAUGCCUUAAAUCCAAAGUCCAACAAAAAGAUAGCACAAGGAGUGUACCAAAACCUAACAAGGAGGAAUUCACCAGCGUCUCCCAACUGAAGUGGAUCAGUGCGAUCAGUUGCCGGUGUGCAGAUAGGAAGGGUCUGGAAAAACCAAAAAGAUAAAACCAGGAAGAGAGCAGGGGCCAAAACAAUAAGUGCAGCGGUCAAACGCAGUGUGGCGCAUAGCAAAUACACCGUGUGAGACCAACUGUGUUUAUAACGAAUCGUUAUUUCAAUAUGUUAGCAUGCUCUCAAAAUGGAAACCGGAACAGGAAGUCAUUGUCCCCCAGCGCUGCCAUCAUAGCUAAUUAAUUACGCCACAAGUCUCUGCUUUUGUUAUUGAUGACUGCUGCUUUUAUAACUAUUUAUAUGCGUCCCAAAUUGUGUGAAACUAUAAUUGUUUUAAAAUCAAACGAUUAAUUGGAUUUGCUUUAUUUUUGGAAUGCAACAACGCAACAACAAAAACACACAUUUGUGAAAAUGAACAGAAAAAAACUAAAAAAAUAUAUAUAGCUGUCAUCACACAAAUAUGAAUCUGAAACUGAUACUACGCGUCUUAUCGAUACUAUCAAUACUUUCCGAUCUUUCCACCCCUAAAAUUGCUAAUUAUCAAUUACGCAUGCAAUGUAGUUGAUGCAUAUAAUCUAAUCUAAUGGUGUCAAGGAUUCCCAAAAUAUAUGCGGAAUGCAAACAAGAAAUGCAUGCCAAGCCUGUACUACAUGAGGAGUGAGAGGCCUGGCAAGUUCCGAGAGAGUUCCGAUAUUGCGCAAGAAAACAGGAUCAACUCGGGGCCCCGGGGCCUUAUUUAGUAGACUUUUUGGCAUUGCAAAAUAACACAAUUAAAAGGCAAACAUAUACCAGUAUUUUGUAUGUAUUUGUAUGUGUUUACUGUCAGAUUAAAAAAAAAAAGUUUCUUUAUCUACAAACGGAACAAUCACUCAUAAAAGUCUUAGCGCAGGGUAACGGGCUCGGAUUGAUUGUACAAAGUACAUUACACGGUUUGAUUGCCUCAUAUAUUUGCCCUAUAAGCUUAAUGGUGAUUAUCAGAUUUUAGAAAGUCAAGUCGGGCAAUAAUGGCAAAGAGCGACUGAUUGUAUGAAUGGUGUCCUUCAAAAGACUCGUCUCAUAUUCCUGUUUGGCAUUGGAGAGUAUUUAGUAAAUCAUUUAGGAACCUCUUCACUCAGUGGUUCGCAAGGUACCACAGUUUGAGAACCAAUGCUUUCCUGUCUAUGCAUUGUGUAUUGUUGAUUUUAUGGUCAUUAAUGUCUAUUGGUUUAUGUUUGAGUUAGAAAGCUCAAACCAAAAAAGGCAGCUGGGACGGAGCAACAAGGCAAGGCAGGAACACGCAGCCAAGUCUUUAUGACUUACAUUAACUUAACCUCGAGUUCCCGAAAGCACAGAUUUUUUUUUACAGCAUCAAAGAGCAAAUGGGAAUAAAGAAGGGAAUAAACUACCAUGUCAAAAUCCUCUUGAUCUUUAAGAGCGAUUCUUAUUUCUGUUUCAAAGAAGAAAUUCAACAUGACUGACUGUAUGUAUCAGACAAUUCACAACGUUCCACUUGUUCAAAUAUCAACCAAUGACUCGUAUUGUAGCUUUAUCCACUACUGAGCUGUCGGCCCAUCCAGUUAAAUAUGAUUUCUCUAUUUUGACGUUGCCAGCCUAUCAUUAGGACAGUCUUAUCUGAGCAUUUCUUCCUGUUUGGCUGCUAAUCUGAUGUCUUAUUUUCUUGCCGCCCUUGGGCCACAAGUGUGUGAACGGGGUCAAAUGAAACCCAAUUGGACAAGUUAAUCACACAAUAUUUACGGUUUAACCCACAGGUUGCAGGGAAAACUCUCCCACUUAUCAAUUCGAUCAGUGAGGGUCACCUUCCAAAUCCUGGUGAUAUGUUGCUAAAUUUAUUGCCCCCCCCAACACACCCCACCCCAACAUCAACACCCUUGUACCUAUGCAGUUGCAAAAUUCUGCUUUCAUUGAUUGGCGGCUGCAUGUGACAGCUGUGAAAGUAAUGUGGACACCGGUUGUGAUCAAUAAAAAAAAUGUAUGUGCCUAGAACCUAGGAGGCAUUCUGUAAUUAAAUCAAUAGCUUUGCUUGGCUUCUGGCAUUAAGAUCAUUGGCCCGGCUGUUAUUUAGUCAUUGUUGUCCUACACCGGCGGCAUAACCUGGCGACCGUAAGAAAUCAAUGGGAACGCAGCACAGCUAGCAUCCCAAUUACUGGCAGGGCUGGCAAGGAAUCAAUGCAGCUUUUAGCCAUUACCACUCCUUGUGGGAAAUCACAGGACGUUAGUUUUCUUGGGGAAUCUGCUACACAAAGCCUUGGCAGCUGAAAUUUAAAAUCCAUGGGAGCCGUUUGAAGCUAAACAAAAGGAAAUACAGUGAGAAUAUUUUCCUGCCAACUCGUGUUGUGCUGGUGACUCAUUGGUCAGUGGAAGAAACAGGAACACACGCUCAUAUAUUAAAACUUUAUACAGUACAUUGUCUUAUCAUUACAGUGGAUUUAUGCUGACAACCCGUCUAUGUGACCACUCAUUCAGUGCUGGUCCACUGUUUUCUUCUUAUGACUAAAAAGUACCUGGUCAAUAUAGUCCAUAAGAAUAUGCCUGUGAAUAUCCCGGUCAUUGGAUCGAUCACAACUAGACUGUUCGGGUUGUAUCAGUUCAUGCUCUAUUGUAGCCUAACAACCGUCGUCUGACACCACAAAAGAGCGAAACCAUUCCUGUCUGGGCAUGCCAGUUGCUCUGGUUCAACACUCAGUAGGUGAGUUUGAUGAUAAUAGGAGGAUAAUUUCUUCCGUAGACCACCCUUCUGCCUGGGCCAAUAGAUCGAAUUGGGCAUGAAACGCCUCCCAGUACCGUCAUAAUGUACCUGGUAGACUAAUUGUGGGUGGAAUUCCCCCACAUAACACAACCUAAGCUUUCACUUUAUGCCGCGGUCUUCUCCAGGAGAUAUCUGGCUGUGUCGGAUGGACAGUGCCUUAAGUCCACACUCCAUGUUCUUCCCCUCCAGCUCAAGCUUGACCAAGUCGCCCAUAAACAUGGCACACAACUCGUGGUGGCGUAGUAAGAGAGUAGCAAGGACACGAGGUGCUUUCAGGAACAUUGGGUCACCGUCUCCGCGAAUCAUUUAUCCCUUUCAUUCGUCAUUUUUAUGUAUUUUCGAUUGUUUUCUCUAAAAUUCUAAUUGAAAACUAUAAAAAUGUAUUUUGUGUAGGCAUUUUUGGGUGUUCGUAUCAGAUUAAUUAUAUUUUUUAUAGGAAAAACUGAGUAUGUUUUGGUUUGAGCCGGACCUUGUGUAUUAACGAUGCUAACCAAGGUUCCACUGUAUUUAGGCACAGUAAUCCCUCAUUUAUCACGGUUAAUUCGUACCAGACCCGACUGUGAAUUUCCGCAAAGUAGGAUUCCUUCUUUAUAAACCAAAUAUUUUUGUAGUAGAGCAUAGAAAACCUGUUUACGACCUUCUGCAUGCAGUUUUUAACAUUAUUAGAGCCCUCUAGAUGUGAAAUACGGUCAGAAUCACCCUUACACUCGUAUCAUCCGAUAUAGUAGACAUAAUCAGAGAAAAUGAGCCACUUAAGACAUAAAGAAGACUCAUGCUCGUGUCUGUUGCAAUAAAUGUCUUCGGACGUGUAGACAGGAAAGUAUAUUUUUAUUGUGCCUGCUGCGAGAUAAUUCAAACCUGCAAAAAAAAGGUUGUUCUGGCCAUCAAGUCUGGUGCUUGUGUUACUAGUGACACCUAGUGACCAGUGUAGAAUGCCACAUUUAAUCAACGUCUGGUAAUGCUUAUAAUAUAUGUGUAUUUUAGUUCAUUUAGCAAUUUUUAUGCUUGGAAAUGCCUAAUUUAGGACAAAAAUAAAUAACAUUAGCUUUAACGUGCAUAUUUUUUAUUUUUAUUUUUUUACUGAUAACAGGCCGCAGUCAACCAGAAAACGACGAUCAUGUUCAAACCGCAAAGUGGCGAGAGUCGACUGCAAUGCUAGCAGGAGUGAUGAGCACUCAAAAUGGGCGACAUAACAGGCGAUUUGUUUCAUGCGCAGACACAGCGGUGAGCAGACACUCGUGUUCAAAGCAAAGAGCAGAGGGAAAACGUCAGGCGAUGAAUUAACCAACAUUGAUGGCUUGUGCGUCACCUGUUAUUAGUCUCAUGCUUCCACAUGUAUCAGCGUGUCAAAACCAUGGAAACAUGCCUUAGGCCAUGUAAAUAAACUACCAGCAUUCUGUUUGUGUUUGGCAGUUGAUGCUCUUUUACGACGUCCUAGAACAGUCAGCACCUCCUCUCCCGACAAGGCUUGCUAGUAUAUGACAGCGCGACGAGGCUGGCAGGUGUUUUGCAAAGCGCCUCAUGUUGGCAAGGCAAGGCUCUUUGUUCCAGCGCAGGGUGUUUCAAGCACCUGGCACCCAAACAUGGCGACACGACACGCACUUGAUUAAAAGAGAAAUGACAGGAGUUUGAGACAAAAGUGAUUCUGACUCAGGUCUAGCCGCCGUCUGGAGAGUGUUUGCUGACUUGAGGUUUGAUGGAAAGAUGAAGAGGGGAGCGCUAAAUGCAGCAGUCGAAUCCACCGAGGAGAAAAUGGCACUCUUUGUUUUUAUAAGGAGAAUCGGAUUUUCUGACACUUUGCAAGCUUGUUUUGUCUCAAACUGCCACAACCUCUACACUGCGUAAGAAUAAUAAGAAUAGAAUUAAUGUGUACAUUUUAUAUAAUAAUACUAGAUGAUAUUACUGCACAAAAACGAAGACCUCGAUUCACCCUCACAUGCAAUCUAAUUGUACUUAACGAGCUGCAUCACAAACAAACAUCCUCUUCACAAUUCCUCCUUAUAUUCUCCCUAACUACCCUCAUCGGCCAGGACGAGUUGGGUCCACUGCCCUGGUUCUACCCCAGUGAGCCUCACCGGUGGCAUCUUUCAUUCAUCAGCUUGCAUGAGGAGCAUGAAUUACCGUAAUUUCCGGUGUAUAAGAUACAUCGGUGUUUAAGCCGCAUCCACUAAAUUUAGAGAGGAAAACUGAUUUGUACAUACAGUAUAUAAGCCACUCUGGACUAUAAGCCGCAUAUGUCCACGUCAUAAAGUGUCAUGUUGUGGCGCGCACAAGCCCAUGAGGACCAUGUAGCUGUUUAUUUGACAGGAGCCAAUCACGAGCUGUGAAAAAACUCAUGACAAGCUUGUAGCCCAAUGCAAAUCGCAGGAGGUCAUUACUCAAUAUAACAGUCUGACUCUUGGUGUCGUCUUACAAAGAACACUAAAAUCAUCACACAGGAACUUAACACUCAAAAGCUAGGUAAAAAAAAUAUCAAAGCAAGUACCAAUUCGAGUUUAGAAUAAAAAAAAACAGCUAUUUUAAGGUCAUCCAUCCAUAAUGCAUUUUGUCCCAGCAAAGCAUUUCAUUGGUUACUGCUUCCGUGGCGCUGCAAUGAUGUCAGCCUCCCUCUGGGCUCCUCUGGCUCCCUCUGGUGGACAGAGGCAGCAUACCUCUGUAUAUACAGUACACCGGAAAUUAGGAUAAAUGCGUUUUCUUUAAAUUUGUCUUUAUUACGUGCAUGAUAAAUGUACUGUCAAGUGAGAAACUGCCGUGUUUUUGACUUGAUGAAUUAUUUGCAGUCUUUCUAUUCGGGCUUUUGAUUUUUUUUAAUGUCGCUUAAAGAGCUGCAUUUACAAACAAACGCUGCCAUUUUUCUCAAGGUCUCACUCGGCACUGUCGUUAGCAUGAUGACCGACACGUCCUCUCUGAUCAUUUUGUAUUUUUUCAGCUAAUAGGCUAACCUAGCUUGAUGUUACUGUGAAAUGUGACUGUUUGCAUCUUCUCCCACUAUGGUUGCCUUAACCAUCCCUUGAAAAACGGAAUCGUCUUUCAUUUAGAAACAAAAGUAUGCGUCCCUUAUUGAGUUUGUAAAAUGCCAGUGGAAUUAAUGAAUGGCAGGGUACUUUAUGUAAAAUUUUAGGGCAAACUGAUUCCCAGCCCUUUCCUGCUCUGUCAUCAGGGGCGGCAUGAUGAAAUAUUUAUAUUUGAACUGUAUUAUAGUAUUAUAACUGUAUUAUUUGUUAUAUGAUUCCAAGAGUUUUGACCAUUUUCGUAAGUAAAAAUCGCUGAAUUUCCUGAUCAAAUACAAGGCAUAAACUUAAGAUGAGGCUGUCGCGAGCGUCUCUUCUCGGCUUAGUGCGCAAGCCCAGCCUACCGUCUGAUUGAGUUGGAUCAUGGCGCCUGCCAGUUGUCUUUAAUGUGUGACGUCAUUACAUUGUUAAGCAGACAAUAUAAUACAUAGAAAUGUUCUACACGGCGUAGCUGCAGUAACCUCCUCAUCCUGAAGGGGUGAGUGGGCGUGCGUGAGCUGGAAGGUGCUUGUCACUGCCGUGCUUCCAUCGAGAGGACAAGCUCGUGUUUUUCUUUUUUUUGACAGCAGCACCAGCUGGAGAGCAGCAAGUCAAAUGCAUUAAAGAUGUUUUUAUGUGCUGCUGAGUGGAUGGAUUGGAUUGGCAAACGGAGGAUUAUGUAUCCCCAAACUCACCAGAACACAGAAUCAGAACUUUCCCUGAAGAAGGAUGGUGUCCAUGUACUUCAUAUGCAAAUAAAACGUGAUAAAUGGGACACUUGAAAGGAGUCAGCGCCUCACCAGCCAUGAUGAGUAAAAAUCGUGACGACCCUCAAAUGGAAAAAAGCCAACACACAGUUGUUGUAUUCUGAUAAUUCUGUUAUUUUGCACUAAAAAGGCAAACAAAAAAGGCGAUUGACAAGACAGUUGGGUCGGAGGACCCCGCCCACAAGGUGUCUGUUUACUUUUCAGGGAGUUGCCAACUCUAACCUCACUCUUUAAUGUUACGUUGUUGUAUGUGACAAGUGGAGAGCUUCUAUGCAAAAAAAUGACAAUAAUAGAACUUACUACUCUUCCUUGUUUGGCAUUGAAG